CUCUAACUCGAGCAGAGGCGACGAUGGGGCGACGCGAGGCAACCGUGGGGCAACGCGAGGCGACCGCAGCGUGGCGCACGGCGACGGCGACCCUACAUCCUUCCCCUUCCUUCUUCUCGCCGUUGCCUCGUUUCGCCCCGGCCGGCCGCGGAGGCCGUAGAUCCUGCACGCCGCAGCGUCGACCGGGCGGCGGCAGGUGGAAUCUCCUGUGUGCGAAUGCGAUCCCUGGACGGCCCGGCCGGCCGCGGAUCUCGACGUGGCCAGCGGCUAUUUUACUCGGGGAAUACUGGACACAGCUGCCUUUGCGCCCGUGCGCGAUCGAGCAUUAUUGGACAGAUGCGUUCGGUUGCACAUUGCAGUCCAGUGACCAGUCCUGGAGCUGCAGCGGUAUGCCACUGCCUGACGGUACGGAUGCUGUUCUCUGCAGGUUUAGCACGGCAGUCGGCAGGAAAUGGAAUGUGUGCGCCAGAAUAAAAUACGCCCGUUUAACCCUCCGGCGAACGUCCGGGGAAGCUUCAGCUCAGCAGCUCUGGGCAAUUUGGAUAAUGGGCAUUGCAGAUCUUUCUUUUUUUGUAGAUUAAUGGCGUUGCGGAUCUAGAAACUGAGGCAGAUUAUUAGACGAAUAAACGACGAUGUGUCGGAGUAAUCUACAGAGAUGUAUCUAUUCUUGCAUACCAGCAUACAUUUUUCUUGCAAUGCCAUUCUUGCAUAAAUAACCCUUGGGUAAUUAUAGGUUGAGCUCGAAAGACAUAGUGUGAUUGAAAUGUGCAGCUGUAUAUUUCAGAAGAUAUAGCCCAUAUGUUCCAGAUAAUGUCUGUUAAUUUCUGUAAUUUACUUGGAAUUUGUAUGCAAAAAUUUAAGACAUACAUCCAAACUUGAGUUGGUUCCUAUUUAUGCCAGAUCCUUCUUUUGAAGCAUAGUAUCAGAUGCCUUAUUUUUUGUAGUUAGGAUCUCCUUCUCACUCCAAAGUAUGGUUGGUGUAUACUUGGCCUUUCCCACUGUAGUUUGCUAUCAUCAGUCAGUUGCGCGCAUACAAAUAUUUUGGUAGUUUGCUAUCAUCAUGGAGGGUAGUUUGCUAUCAUCAUGCUAGCCAGCCGGCAGCAGGUUAAUUAUUCAGAGCCUGCAGAGGAGAUA